AUGUCCAACAAAACAAAGCACAAAUCAAGAACUACACACACUUGGGGAGUGUGGGCCAUCUACAUGGUCUUAGCUGCAACCCUCUCUGAACAGCAAGAGUUGAAGCAGGUGUGUCCUUCAUGUGAUGCCACUCAGCUUUGCAACUGCUCUUCCAGGGGCUUGGACAACAUUCCUCCAGGGCUCACAGCCAGAACCACUGUGUUAGACCUGGCCCACAACAGGAUAAAGCACAUCCAAUCCCAGGACCUGCAGCAGGCUGUGAACUUGAGAAUCCUGCAGCUGCAGUCCAAUGAAAUCAGCUCUAUAGAUGAGGACUCGUUUCAGUCCCUUGUGAAACUGGAGCUCUUGGACUUGUCAAAUAACCACUUGGCUCACUUGUCCCCGGUGUGGUUUGUGCACCUUGUUUCUCUAGAUCAUCUCCAUCUUCAAGGCAAUUUUUACAGAGACCUGGGGGAAAGCUCUCCCUUUUCUAGCCUGAGGAACCUGAGCUCUCUCCACCUGGGCAACCCGCAGUUCUCUGUGAUAAGGCAAGGGAACUUUGAGGGCAUUGAGUUCCUCAAUGAGUUGUGGAUUGAUGGUAGCAAUCUCAAUCAGUAUGAGCAGGGAAGUUUGAAGUCAAUUAAGAAGAUAAAUCACAUGAUCGUAAACAUAAGAAGCAUUAAUAUAUUCUCAGCAAUUGUUAGGGACCUUCUGCAUGCUGUCACUUGGCUGGAAAUCAAAUUAGCUGUUGAAACAAAAAGCUUGGUGCAGAACUCUAUACGUCCCUUUAGGAUACAAAAACUUACAUUUAAAGAUGCUUUGUUCACAGAUAGAUCUAUUAGCCGAAUAAUAAUAUUACUAAAGGCAGUCACAUCUUUACAAGAGUUAGAGGCAAUUGAUUGUGCACUUGAAGGGAAGGGAGAAUGGGACAUUGAAAAAAUUCUAAGCAGUGGGCAAAGUUAUGUUGAAACUAUAUCAAUUAUAAAUAUGAUGAUUCAGAAUUUUCAUUUGUUUAUUGACCUGAAAGGCAUGGAGUCACAAAUAGGCAAACUGAAAAGGCUCACUAUUGCAAGCUCUAGAGUUUUCAUGGUACCAUGCAGUCUUGCACAAAAUUUUAUAUCACUUGUGUAUCUGGACUUCCAUGAUAAUUUGCUUGUAAAUAAUCGUUUAGAUGAGACAAUCUGUGAAGGUGCCUGGCCUUCAUUGCAGACUUUAAAUCUAAGUCAAAACUCUCUAAAAUCUAUGAAACAGACUGCAGAGUAUAUAUCUCGUCUACCAAAACUGAAUAAUCUUGACAUUAGCCAGAAUAAUUUUGGU